AAAAAGAAAGCAACACAGGGGGCACUAAGACCUUCCUUCCGAGAACUACAAGACAAACCCAGUGUACUCGACUGUACACGACUUCCUGUCCACAGUGCUGCUGAACUCUGGAGCCCCGCUGGACACGGACUGCGAUUAAACAGGUGUCAUGGCAAGCAAACCUGCAGUGCUGAUGCGGCUGAUGGCCUCAGCCCACGCCGUGGCCGAAAAGGCUGGAACUAUUGUCCGGAAAGUGCUUCAAAGUGGAGAGCUGGGGAUCGUUGAAAAGUCAGGAGCCAAUGAUCUACAGACUCUGGCUGACAGGCUUGUUCAGAAGAGUAUAUGUGCAUCCCUGACGAAAAGCUUCCCUAAAGUCACUAUCAUUGGGGAGGAGGAAUUACCAGAUGAGGCUGUUGAAGAGGACCUAAUAGAGAACGGACAAAGCAGCCUAAUUCUACAAAAAUCUUGCCCGGAUCAGUAUGCCAGCCUGAAGGAGGAAGAGCUGGUUGUGUGGGUGGACCCUCUUGAUGGCACUAAAGAAUAUACAGAAGCUGCAAGGGUUUUGUACAGCCCAGUUUACAUACAGAAGCCAGAACAGCCCUACAGAGCCCCUAACCGGCUCUUGGAUCAUGUGACAGUGCUAAUAGGCAUUGCUUAUAGAGGGACAGCCAUUGCUGGAGUCAUCAAUCAACCCUUCUACAACUACCAGAUGGGGACUGGUGCUUCUUUGGGCAGAACAUUAUGGGGAGUACUGGGUUUGGGCGCAUUUGGGUUUCAACUCCAGGAAGUCCCAGAUGGUAAAAGAAUCAUUACUACUACACGAUCCCAUAGCAAUAAACUUGUGAUCGACGCAGUGCAAGCCAUGGAGCCUCAUGAUGUCAUCAGAGUGGGAGGGGCUGGGAAUAAGAUCAUCCAGCUGGUGGAGGGAAAAGCCUCCGCUUAUGUGUUUGCCAGUCCAGGAUGUAAAAAGUGGGACACAUGUGCACCUGAAGCAAUUCUGCACGCAGUUGGAGGCAAACUGACAGACAUGCAUGGUAAUGCAUAUAAAUAUGAUGCCAAUGUGCAGCACAUGAACUCCGCUGGAGUGCUAGCAACACUGAGGAAUCACGAGUACUAUUUAAGCAGAGUGCCACAGGCUGUCCUACAGGCUCUUCCUUCUAACUGACCCAUUACAGGAUAUGAAGUCAUACUCUAAACCGUUGUGACCUUUGUGCCUCAAAGCUGAUGUCAUUGCCAUAAAAUCUUCAUUCAUAUAAAAACAAAGAUGAUUAAGUACAGUUUUUAUUUGAAAUGUUAUUAUUUCUUAGAAUUAACUUAAAAAUAGUUAAUUAUUUACUGAGGACAUUCACAACAUGUUUUGGUCCAUUUUUAGUAGGGGACCAAAUAGAAUUCUUUUCUAAAUGUUUAUAAAAAUAUAGCAUGCAGGCCAUUUAAAAGGAAACAUAUAUUAUACAUGUGUAUAUAUAGAUGUCCUAUUGCAUAUACAUGGUAAUGGUCUUAAUCAUUAAAGUUUUUUUUUUUUUUAAUUCCAUGUUUGCCCAUUAAUCUAGCUAACACUUUAAAACCAAUGUUUUAUGUUUUCAUUGCUAUAGCUAGGUAUGACAUUUAAAAUUAUUUCUGUUUAACUUCAUGGUGUUGAAAGUUGCAUGAGGAAAGUCUGCACUACUCUGCUACUGUGAAAUGUGUUUUCCAUUUAAGGGUAUUUGACAGUUUUGCAUCAACCAUAACCAAAACAUUACAACAGAAGUGCACUAAUAAAAUUAAAUUGUUGACAA